CUUCUUCGCUUAAACCUGUGCGCCAGUAAGAAAAAUCGAAAGACCACUAUCAGAUAAAAGAAGAAUCAAUGGCAAAUCCUAAGGUAUUCUUUGACAUGACAAUCGGCGGUCAACCUGUUGGUCGGAUCGUGAUGGAACUGUUCGCCGACGUCGUCCCUCGCACCUCUGAGAACUUCCGCGCUCUCUGCACCGGAGAGAAAGGCGUCGGAAAAUCUAUCAAGCCACUUCACUACAAAGGCUCCGCUUUCCACCGUGUGAUUCCGAAUUUCAUGUGCCAGGGAGGUGAUUUUACUGCCGGAAAUGGCACCGGUGGGGAGUCGAUAUACGGAUCCAAGUUUGCCGAUGAGAAUUUCGUGAAGAAGCAUACUGGUCCUGGUAUUCUCUCCAUGGCCAAUGCGGGACCUGGAACCAACGGAUCUCAGUUUUUCAUCUGUACUGCGAAAACCGAAUGGCUUGAUGGGAAACACGUGGUGUUUGGGCAAGUAGUUGAGGGUUUGGAUGUGGUAAAAGCCAUUGAGAAAGUUGGAUCUGGUUCUGGAAAGACUGCAAAGCCAGUGGUGGUUGCUGAUUGUGGUCAACUGUCCUAGAUCAAUUAUGAAUUAUCUAUUCUACUACAGUGGUGGCUUCUGAUCUUUUCUUCUCGUUUUGGUUUUAGGAUUUAUGAGAGGUUGUUCUUGGUUCACUCUCUUGCUUUUCGUUGAAUGGAAACUGCCUUUGAAAUAAUUAGGUUUAAUCAUUUUACUCCACUGAUCA